CAUGGGGUGCAGGGCCCAAGCACUUGGGCCAUCCUCCACUGCACUCCCUGGCCACAGCAGAGAGCUGGACUGGAAGAGGGGCAACCGGGACAGAAUCCGGCGCCCCGACCGGGACUAGAACCCGGUGUGCCGGCGCCGCUAGGCGGAGGAUUAGCCUAGUGAGCCGCGGCGCCGGCCAAGUCAGAACCAUUUUUGCACAUGGAAUCCAGGUGCCACACAGUGUUAGUGCGACAAGUGCUGCAACAGCACGCACUCUGAAGCUGUUUCCUAAUCGGGGCUGUUUCUCUCGUGCGGAGGGACGGAGACUGACCCGGCCUGGGCCAGGGCAUCGGCCACUGCGCCUGCUCUUUCUACCUGUUUGUCCGUGGCUGCGGGUGAGGACCUAGCGGGCCCUGCUGUUUGGGGCAGGACUAAGGAAACACACCAAGGUGGCUGCCCACCUGUGUUGCUGUGAGGCCAGGGAACACAGCGGCACACAGGCACCUCCUCAGGUUCCCACGAUUUUGUGGACAGAGACAACAGCAGUCGCCAUCUCCCUGGGCUGUGGGAGUUCAGUGGGCCCAGGGUCCACUGCUCCACCGUGGCAACUCUUAUCAUUUGUCAGGCUUUGGGCUGAGAAGGGCUGGGGGGCCUGGGACAGAGCUCUGUCUGCCUUGCCCUUUCAAGUCAGCCCUUGGAAGGCCUGAGCCUCACCAGGGACAGUGAGUCUGAGACAGCCCCUCCCCCAGCACACUCCUCUGCAGGCCCGGGCAGCUUUAGCCUGCCAGCAACCCAAGGAACACAAGGUUUUAUCUGAGAAAACAGAUAAGAUAAAAAUCAUGCCUUUUAGAAAUAAAGAUUUAAUCAAGACGAAGACAUUUUUUCAGGAUUAAGAUAAAUUUUUGAAAAGGAAAACAAAUCCAUAAAAACCUGAAACGGGUGAAACUGGUCUCCAGGCUCAGCUUCCCAAAAUACACUGUAACAUCCUCACCCCUGCUAGCUGCCCAGAAAGCACAGGCCCCAAACACCACACAUCAGGGUUUUAAACUGCGCCUGAGGGGGACCGAGCAAGGAAAAGGUUCUCAGGGCGAAGAACUGCCGGGAGCAGCCUCGGAGGGAGGGGGCUGGGUUUUAUAGGGAACUCGCAUGGUGGGGGGGAUACAUGCAGGGCUGGGGUUUCAUAGGGAACUCCCAUGAGGGAGGUGGGAUGCCUGUAGGGCUGGGGUUUUAUAGGGAACUCUGCAAGGUGGGGGGGAUACAUGCAGGGCUGGGGUUUUAUAGGGAACUCUGCAAGGUUGGGGGGAUACAUGCAGGGCUGGGUUUUAUAGGGAACUCUGCAAGGGGGAGGUGGGAUGCCUGUAGGGCUGGGGUUUUAUAGGGAACUCCCAUGAGGGAGGUGGGAUGCCUGUAGGGCUGGGGUUUUAUAGGGAACUCCCAUGAGGGAGGUGGGAUGCCUGUGGGGCUGGGGUUUUAUAGGGAACUCCCAUGAGGGAGGUGGGAUAUGGACUGACACGGGAUGUUUCUGACACAGGGAGCCCCCAGGGCUGCCUGGUUUGUAUCUGAGGCAGCAGUGGGAACAGAGAGGCACAGAUGCCUCCCAGAACUGCCUGAUUUAUAGCUGGGGCAGUCGUGGGGACAGUGAGGCUCUCCAGGAACACUGUGCCUCUGUGUUUUGUGUUCCUGACGCCAGGGAGGAGUGGGGGGAGAUGUCUCGGAUCGGUGUGGAUUCAGGGUUCUCACACCGCAGCCACAAGGAACCGAGUGUUGCCACACAGGCUUGUUCCUACCAAGCACACGUCGGGGCCAGCGCUGCCGCUGACCACACAGCAUGGCGGGGACCGUGGCCGGCACCCCACCAUCCGUGCUCAAUACAAGCGUGCUCCAGACUAUCCUGAAAUCCAAGCAGAUUUCUCACACUACCCAUUUCUGCAAGCUUUGUGAGGACCCCUGGUGUUUGCCCUCAAAGAUCAGUCCGGAAUUCAGCCAGGGCUGGAUGGGAGGGCAAGUGGGUGUAGGACCCAGAAGUUACUGAGGCCUAGGUGGCCACUGCCCUCCCCACAGAGCUUAUCCUACACACCAGGAACCCUCCAGAACCCAAGGCCAGGUCUAGGCUAGAGCACGCUCAGGCCGGGUGUUUUGUUGACGGGGCCAAAGGGAAAGCCCGAGGCUGACUCCUGGGCCUCCCGGGACUAGCUUUCUCCUCCCCACUUCUGAGUCAUCUCCAUACAAAUAGACCCUGAUAAGGAAUGGCCCAUUGUCCCCUCCAGACUGGGGUGCUGGGGGAGGGGUGCCAUUCAAAUUCAGGCUGGGAGCCUGGCGCGCACCAGAGCUACGUGGGUGACCUGGAGGUGAGGAUGUGGCUGUGGAGAGCAGCCCCACAGUAGGCCCCUGCCCUGAAGACCAGCCUGUGGGGAUUUCCAGGGAAAGAGGGUGUCGGGGGCACGGGACCAGGGCAGAGCUAGGGGGAGAAGCGGUCCCUGCCCUAAGCCCCCAGGUGACCUUGGGAAGCAGAGACAAGGAAACCGCCAGUGAUUUACACACAAACACGAUAAAGCCAAAGGGGUGAGUAGGAGGAGAGGACCGGGACCCAGCCAGGGCCGACAGCUCCCUAGAAAUGUGGCCUUGAAGCGAGGUGGAUGAUAGGCCUGUCCUGGAGGUGGAGGAGGAGUGAGAAUGUGUUUAACGCUGGAAGGAGAGAGCCAAGGCCAGGAGAGGGGAGACAACGCGGGAGGCACCGCCUGCAGCCAGCCAGCGGGAGCGGGGCGAGCGCCCGGCUUCACGUCCGAGCAAUCGGAAGUCGCACCGUGCACCAGGGGCGGCACUAGGCCAGGCACCCUGGACGCUAUGGUGCCCCUGCGGGCCUGCGAGGUACGCCAGCUGCUCCACAACAAGUUCGUGGUGAUCCUGGGCGACUCGGUGCAGCGCGCCGUGUACAAAGACCUGGUGCUUCUGCUGCAGAAGGACUCCCUGCUCACUCCGAGCCAGCUCAAGGCCAAGGGGGAGCUGAGCUUCGAGCAGGACAAGCUGCUGCAGGGAGGCCAGCUGGACACCCUGCAUAAUGGCAUCACCUACCGCGAGGUGCGCCAGUUCCUCUCGGGUCACCACCUGGUGCGCUUCUACUUCCUCACCCGCGUCUACUCCGAGUACCUGGAGGCCGUCCUGGAGCAGCUGUGCACUGGCGAGCACGCGCCAGACCUGGUCAUCAUGAACUCUUGCCUCUGGGACCUCUCCAGGUAUGGCCCUGAGUCCGGGCAGAGCUACCUGGAGAACCUGGCCAAGCUGUUUGCACACCUGGGCCAGGUGCUUCCCGCCUCCUGCCUGCUGAUCUGGAACACAGCCAUGCCCGUGGGCCAGAAGAUCACUGCGCGCUUCCUCCCACCGGAGGGACAGCUGGACGCUGCCUCCCUGCGCGCCCGCCUGGUUGAAGCCAAUUUCUACUGCUUCGCUGAGGCCAGGAAGCACGGCUUUGACCUGCUCGACUUGCACUUCCACUUCCGCCACGCGGGACAGCACCGGCACCACGACGGGGUGCACUGGGAUGCACGUGCCCACCGCUGCCUCUCGCACCUGCUGCUGGAGCACGUGGCCGACGCCUGGGGCGUGGAGCUGCCCCACCGCGCCCCUGCAAGUAGGUGGGUCCGAGAGGGCCCUGCAAGGGGGCGGCGGGGCCGUGGCACCCGGAGGCAGCCCUCAGCCGGCAGGGACAUCCUGGCUCAGCCACUGCCCCCUCCCAGCCGUGCCCCCUUGCUCCCGCUCCGGCCCCCUCUCCUGCCCACGCCACCCUGCCCCCUCUCUCCUUACCCAGGGAUGCCCCAGCUCCUGUUCUGUCCCCAGGAGUCCUACUUCAGCUCAGACCCUCCCUUCCAGGGGACUCCAUUCUGUUUCAGCCCAGGUGCCCCCUCCCCCACUCAGCCAAGGUUUGCCAUGGAAGCCAACUUGAUGUUUGGUCCCCCCCUGCCUGGGCCCUGCCUCCCCUCACCCUGUGUCCAGCGGCAGGCCCUGGUGGUCCACAGAGGCUUCCCCCGGAACCCGCCCCGGGGCCCCUACACACCCUGCAGAGGGCGGCCUAGGCGUCCCGGCAGGCGCGCCCCGGCUACCCAGAGCCCCGAUGCAGGCCUGACCCCUGCUCAUGCCUGGGAUUGCCUGAGCCUUGGGGGCCCCAUGGAGGGCUAGAAGCACGGUCAGAUCCUGCUGUUGUCGCCUGUGGUCUCGCCCCGUCCCUGGGAGUGACCGAACCUGACUGCCUCCCCACCCAUUCUCACCGUCGUUCUGUGAAUGUGGAAUCGAAAUAAAGAACUUGCCUCAGA